AUGCAGGAAGUAGCUGCGUUGCUCCGGGCAGGUCGUCCCAAACUUGGCCUCCUCGAAGCGAGGCAGGCCGCAGUGUCUCGUGGUGGUCAGUGCCUGUCCACAUCCUACCAGAAUUGCAUGGUACCUUUGAGGUGGCAGUGUUCGGAAGGUCAUCAAUGGAGUGCGGCGUUGCAUUCCAUUCGCUAUCGAAGCUCUUGGUGCCCGCACUGCGCAAGAAACGCUCGACUUACCCUUGAUGAUGCGAUUGGGGUGGCAGCGGCAAGGGGAGGGUUGUGUCUCUCUACUCAGUACAAGAAUUCCAAGUCCGCGUUACGGUGGCAAUGUGAAGCUGGUCACACGUUUUGGAUGCGGAUGGACCGCGUCAGAUGGCAAGGGGCAUGGUGCCCUUCUUGUGCUCUAGCUUCCAAGAAUGUGUCUCUCCAGCUCGCAACACGUGUUGCAACGUCUCGCGGUGGCCAGUGUUUGGGCUUCGCGUGCCGAAGUACAUAUUCUGUAUUAUGGCAGUGCGGGGAAGGGCACCAAUGGCAUUCCCGAUUGUACAGCGUUCUCAGCGGUUCUUGGUGCCGCAAAUGUAAUGUAGCGCAGAGACGUUUAUCAAUCGAAGACGCUAACGCAGAAGCUGUUCGAAGAGGAGGGGCGUGUUUGUCUUCCUCCUAUACAAAUAACAGAGGCCAUCUGCGAUGGAGGUGUUCGGAAGGACAUGAGUGGAACACGUCGCUGAAAACAGUAUAUGCUGGUUCGUGGUGCCCCGUGUGCAAGAGUGGAAGGAGUGAGCGUGAGGUCAGGAUCAUCUUAGAAGCAAUAUUUGCUGGACACUCGUUCCCAACUUGUCGGCCAUCGUUUCUCAAAGGGCUGCGCGGCGUUCCAUUGCAACUUGACGGUUACUGCCAGGAGCUAAGCAUUGCUUUUGAAUACAACGGCGAGCAGCAUUAUGACCCGCAGUCGUUCUGGAAUCUUCGCAAGAACAGCGACGCAUUCGAUCAACAGUGUUUACGUGACCUACGAAAGGCAUCCUUGUGUGCAGCCGCUGGAAUACGAUUGAUCGUGGUGCCUUUUUACGUCAAGGACCGCUGGGCCUUCAUUCGUUUGUCAUUGCUGCGCUGGUUCAGCAUCGCUGAAGUAAACUGGGUGUCAGUGCCCGCAGGACAGUCGCCCCCCUGA